AUGACUACAGAGCAGCAGAAUGGUAAUGGAGGUGAUGAAGGUGAAGAACCCCUCUACAAGAAAUUUCUAGACCAAAAAUACCCAUCUACACCAGCUCAGGAAAACUCAGGCCGCCAUGGCUCGAAUCUUGACAUUCUGAAGCGCCUCAGGAAGAGCUCUCCCGACCCAUCCCAUCAAAAUUGCAAUGGAAGGGAUUCAACUGGAGAUCAAGCAAUACAGGGGACCCUAUUGAACAAUCAAGCAGCUUCAAUUGGGAGAGUGGACAGAAAAGUAAGCUCGCGGAAGGCGGCAGGGGAUGAAUCCAAGGCUCAUGGGUUUGACUAUGAAAUUCUGUGGCUUGAAAGGCAGCUUUUGAAGCCUGAAAUCAACAAAGACCAGAUCAAGGCAUUUGGGAUUGUUGGGAUUGCUGGUGUUGGAAAAACAAGACUCUGUCAGGAAAUAUUUGACAGUCCUGAAGUGAAGAAACAAUUCCUUCCAAGAAUCUGGGUUAGCAUGGCCUGGAAACCAGGAGAAGACGACAACCCAAAAGUGGCAUUUCUCGAAAGAAUUCUGGGUUGUCUUGGAGUGGUCAUUAAUGACAUUCCUGGUGAUGAAAAAAUUGCAGUACUAGAAUAUACACUUCAUCUGGAAUUAAUAGGUAAGAGGUAUUUGAUUGUGCUUGAUGAUGUGAGGGAGGAAGACAAGUUCCGUGAAAAGCUCGAAAAUUGUUAUGGAUUUCCUAAAGGGGUUGAAGGAGCAGUCCUUGUUACAAGCAGGUCCGAAGGAUUGGCUAAGGAAAUGGUUGGAGAGGAGAAUUUGCACAGGGUUUUACCACUUUCAGACAUGAAUCACUGUUGGGGUAUAUACAAGGACAUGGUUGAGAUUGACAAAACGCCUAGACUCCCAGAUUCAGACGAAUUGAAAGAAGAACUUCUGCGCAAGUGCAAUGGCCUUCCUUUAGCUGCAAAACUGAUGGGGCAAAUCAAGUUUCGAGAACUGCGACAACGACAACAACAACAGCAGCAGCAACGACAAGAGCAGCAGCAACAGCCACCUGUUAAUGGAUAA